ACUGGUGCUUGAGAAAAAACGGAGCUGGAAGAAAAUUUUGUGCUGGUGCAAAAUUUCGGAUUGUAUUUUUAAUUGAAAAAAAAAAUAAAAUAAGACUUUUCUUUUCAUCCGACACUUUUUUCAAAACAAUGGAAGCACUAAUUCCGGUCAUUAAUAAAUUACAAGAUGUCUUCAAUACAGUCGGGUCGGAUUCAAUUCAACUUCCUCAAAUUGUUGUUCUUGGCAGUCAGAGUUCCGGCAAAAGUUCGGUAAUCGAAAGUUUGGUUGGAAGAUCAUUUCUACCAAGAGGAACUGGCAUUGUUACAAGACGUCCUCUUAUCCUACAACUCAUAUAUUCCCCCAUCGAUGACAAAGAACAUCGGUCAGCGGAAAAUGGCACAGUUAAUACCGAAGAAUGGGGAAAAUUCCUGCAUACGAAGAAAACAUUCACUAACUUCGAUGAGAUCCGUGAAGAAAUCGAAAAUGAAACUGAUCGUGCUGCGGGCAGCAACAAAGGAAUAUGCCCGGAGCCAAUCAAUUUGAAGAUCUACUCAACCAGAGUCGUUAAUUUGACACUUGUCGAUUUACCUGGCAUAACAAAAGUACCAGUUGGUGAUCAACCAGAAGAUAUUGAAACACAAAUAAGAGAUUUAAUUGUGAAGUAUAUUGAAAAUCCCAAUUCUAUUAUUUUGGCUGUGACAUCGGCCAAUACAGAUAUGGCAACGAGUGAAGCAUUGAAAUUGGCUAAGGAUGUCGAUCCAGACGGUCGACGUACGUUGGCUGUUGUAACGAAACUUGAUCUCAUGGAUGCUGGCACCGAUGCAAUUGAUAUAUUGUGUGGACGGGUGAUUCCAGUGAAACUAGGCAUUAUUGGUGUAAUGAAUCGAUCUCAACAAGACAUUAUGGAUAAGAAAACAAUUGAAGACCAGUUAAAGGAUGAGUCUGCCUUCUUGCAGAGGAAGUAUCCGACGCUUGCCACUAGAAAUGGUACGCCGUACUUAGCGAAAACUCUGAAUCGUCUUCUGAUGCAUCACAUCAGAGAUUGCCUGCCUGAUUUAAAGACUCGAGUUAACGUGAUGUCAUCACAGUUUCAAUCAUUAUUGCAUUCAUAUGGAGAAGAUGUCACCGACAAGAGUCAAACUCUACUGCAAAUAAUAACCAAGUUCGCCAGUGCAUAUUGUGCCACGAUUGAAGGCACAUCUAGGAACAUAGAAACCACAGAACUAUGUGGUGGUGCUAGAAUUUGUUAUAUUUUUCAUGAGACAUUCGGUCGAACUUUGGAUUCUAUUCACCCACUUUCGGGAUUGACUAAAAUGGAUAUUCUUACGGCUAUUCGAAAUGCAACUGGCCCAAGACCAGCCUUGUUUGUGCCUGAAGUUUCAUUUGAGCUCUUAGUCAAGCGACAAAUUCGUCGUUUGGAAGAACCUUCAUUGCGAUGUGUGGAAUUGAUUCAUGAAGAAAUGCAAAGGAUCAUUCAACAUUGUGGCAAUGAAGUUCAACAGGAAAUGUUGCGAUUCCCAAAACUUCACGAAAAAAUCGUCGAUGUUGUGACCCAGCUGCUCCGACGUCGCUUACCAACCACCAAUAUCAUGGUUGAAAAUUUAGUCGCAAUCGAAUUGGCUUACAUCAACACAAAACAUCCAGAUUUUCAUAAGGAUGCUGCGCUGGUUCCCAGUCUAUUGAAGACAGAUACCAUAAAUGAACCAUUCUCUCAAAUGCAAAUGCAAGCGAAUCUUCAACGUCGCCAACAAAUGCCAAGGACGACUAAUUCAUCGCCACAAGUUACGGCACAAAAUAAUCACGAUGCAAAUGAAAGACAAGAAAAUCAUCAGAACCACAACGGUGAGCACUCAACUCCCAGUAAUUGGUUAUCAAACAUGCUACCCCCGCCAUCAGUACAAAGCAUGGAAAAUUCAGCAAGCAAUACGCCCAUUCAUAAUAUGAUAGCAAGUCCAGUAAAAGCUGUCAAUCUGCUCCCCGAUGUUCCAAGUCAUAAUUCAUCAAGGCGGCUAACCGAUAAGGAACAAAAAGAUUGUGAUGUUAUCGAACGUCUUAUCAAAUCAUAUUUCUACAUAAUUCGUAAAUCAAUUCAAGAUUCAGUACCAAAGGCUAUAAUGCAUUUCUUAGUAAACUAUGUUAAGGAUAAUCUUCAAAGUGAACUUGUUACCCAUUUGUAUAAAUCGGAUAGGGCUGAGACUCUUCUCAAUGAAUCAGAUCAUAUUGCAGUAAGAAGGAAAGAAGCUGCAGAUAUGUUACAGGCAUUAACUCGUGCUAAUCACAUCAUCAGUGAGAUUCGAGAAACUCAUAUGUGGUAAAUGUUUCGAUAGAAAAAACCAGAACGUAUUUAUUUGCAAGUCUUAAACAGGCUCGGUUUUUGUUGAUGAUAUUUAUAAAUCGGCAAAUGUUUCUCGAUUUAUAUAUCCAAAACUCACCUGUUUAAACUGUGUGUGUUUUUUUAUAUUAAAAUUUAAGCAUUACAUUUAUAGAGAAAUAGAAAAGAAGGAAAACUUUGAUAUUAUAGUGCGAUUCAUCGUCUUAAGUCUUAAAUAUUUGUUGAGUAAAGAGUAAACAUAAAAAGCUUACAAAAAUUGCAUACAAAUGUUUACGAAUGCACUUGUUAAAUUUAUCUAUUGAAUUUCUAGUUUAAACAAAAUAAAUAUUAUCUAUAAUUUCCAUCAUAAAUGUUUGUCCUUUGUAUAAAUCAAUGUUCAUUGCAUGUUUUUCUUUAUAUAUAUUUUUUUCUUUUCAUGAAACUAAAGAAUUAUAUAAUCAAACGUAUGUCCAAAGAAAAGAUGUCCUGUUUGUCGAAAAUAAAAAUAGAAAAAUUGUUCUCAAAAGUGCGACAUAAUUCCUCAUAAAAUCAUUUUCAAGCACUCUAAAUAAAAUAAAGAUGUGUUCUUCUCGCUAUUUCGCUACUACUAGUAACAUUUAUUAUUAUUAUUGUAUCACAUCUCAUAUUUAAUAUAAAUGAAAGAAAAUUAUAUUACAUUGUGUGCAUCGGCAAAGAAAUUUAUAUAAAAAACAAAAUGAUAAAAUACCAUUCCUGGAAACGAAAAUAAAAGUAAUAUGUACUAAAUAUAAUGAAACAUUUUUGCGAUAUUAAAAUUUAUGUGAAAUUUGUUUCGAAACCAAACAAACAAACAAUAUAUGAAACAAGCUAGUCUGACAAAAUUUGGUUUUUACUACUUGUUGAUAAAUAAGAGAUUAAAAAUAAACUAAACAAACAAAAAGAG